AUGAAAUUCACUCCACUCUUUUGCUUCCUUUCUCUCUUGGUGUUGUUCAACGCAAAGCCACUACAAGGAGCUGAACCAGAGGCAGUACUAGACAAACAAGGCAAGCGUCUAAAACCAGGAAAAGGCUACUACGUGUGGCAGUUUUGGGCCGACAACAUCGGAGGCUUAACAUUAGGCACAACAAGAAACAAAACAUGUCCACUUGACGUCAUUCGUAACCCCAAAGCAAUUGGCUCCCCGGUAUACUUCUCUGCACCAGGUCUUACAUACAUUCCAACUCAAACUGAUCUCACCAUUGAGAUUCCAAUCGUGGGUAGUCCUUGCAAGGAGUCAAAAGUAUGGAAGCUUUCAAAGGAGGGGUCUGGAUUCUGGUUUGUGAGCACAGGUGGUGUUGCUGGGGAUCUUAUUAGCAAGUUCAAGAUUGAGAAACUUGAAGGAGACAUUGAUGUUCCUAUCUAUAUCUUUAAGUUUUGUCCUUCUGUUCCUGGUGUUUUGUGUGCUCCAGUUGGAACUUUUACAGAUACUGAUGGAACUAAAGUUUUGGCUGUUGGUGAUGAUCUUGAGCCUUAUUAUGUUAGGUUUCAGAGGGUUUCAGCUUUUCCUCAAGAGAUUUGA